UGCAAACAUCGACAUGGAGAGUACGCUUGUGCCGAUCCCGGUGCUCUUUGGCCCGACCGAGUAUGCGUCGCCCCGCGUCUCGCCGGAUGGCGCCCACCUCGCGUACUUGGCGCCGAGCAGCAAUGGCAUCAUGAACCUCUUCGUGCGGCCCAGCGCAGGCAGCACCACGGCCGUCCAGCUCACGACCGAGGCGAAGCGCCCGAUUCGGUUCUUUCGUUGGGCGACCAAUGGCACGCAUGUGCUGUACGUCCAGGACGAAGACGGCAACGAACGCUUCCACCUCUUUGCCGUUCACAUUGCGACGGCGACAACGACCAACCUCACGCCGCUUCCCGAUGCCAAAGUGCUCACGACGUUCCCGAUGACGUCAUUUUACAACCACAUCAACCGGCUCACGAGCGAGCGCUUCUCAGACGAUGUCGUUGUCGGCAUCAACGACCGCGACCCAAAGCUCUUUGACGUCUACCGCAUCAGUGUCGUGACAGGCGAGCGAACGCUAUUGGCCGCCAACACGGACCGCGCCGAAGCGUGGAUCGUCGACAGCGACCUUGUCGUGCGUGGCGCCGUGUCGCCCGCGGACGGCGUCGGCGACAAGAAGCUUUGUAUCCGUGACGACGCUGCGAGCCCGUGGCGCGAAGUGGUGCGCUGGGGCUUGAACGACGAUGUGACGCCGCUCCAGCUGAGCGCUGACGGCACCGGCAUCUACGUCUUGACGUCGCUGAACGGCAGCGACAACUGCACGCUCCGACUCGUCCUCCUCUCGACCAUCGAUGGCUCGGAGCUAGCAACGCUGGCGCAUCACCCGAAAGCGGACAUCGGCGACGUCGUCUUUGGCAUUGACGGGUCGCCCGACUACUGUGCGGUCGAGUACCUCUUGCCGGAAAAGAUCAUUCUCAACGAACACGUGCGCGACGACAUUACGCGCCUCGAGGCCCUCGUCCACAGUCCGAUGGAGCUCGUGAGUCGCACUGUUGAUGACAACGCGUGGACGAUCUGCGUCGCCCCGGACACGAGCUCCAAGCGCUACUACCAUUACGUCCGGGCGACGUCGACGCUGACGCUUCUGGGGCUCGAGCAGCCGUCGCUCGAGGCGUACACGUUUGCGCCCAUGAAGGCGAUCGAGAUUCCUUGCAUUGAUGGCGAGACGCAGGUCGGGUACUUGACGCUGCCGGUCGGACUGCCGCCGACGCAGCUGCCGCUCGUUGUGUUUGUCCACGGUGGUCCGUGGGUGCGUGACCACUGGGGCUUCAAUCCAACCCACCAAUGGCUCGCAAACCGCGGGUAUGCAGUGCUUUCCGUCAACUACCGCGCAUCGACAGGCUAUGGCCUUCGCUGGCUCCAUCUCGGCAACAAGCAGUGGGGCCAUGCGAUGCAGCAAGACAUCACGGACGCCGCCCACUGGGCCAUUGACCAGGGCUACGCCGAUGCGUCGCGCGUCGGCAUCUACGGUAAGAGCUACGGCGGCUACGCGACUUUGGCGGGCCUCGCGUUCACGCCCGAGCUGUACGCGUGCGGUGUCGACGUCGUCGGCCCCUCGAACGUUAAAUCGCUCUUGGCCGCGACUCCACCGGACUGGGACGCGCUCAAGGCCAUGUUUGCCCUUCGCAUUGGGCCUGUCGAGUCAGACGACGCGUGGAACACUGCGAUCUCGCCUGUCUUCCACGUCGAGAAGAUCUGCAAGCCGCUGCUGAUUGGCCAGGGCGCCAACGACCCGCGUGUGCCGCAAGCCGAGUCGGACCAGAUCGCCAAGGCGCUCCAUAACGCCGGGCGACGCGUGCAGUACGUCAUUUACACGGACGAAGGUCAUGGUUUCCACCGCCCGCCCAACGCGAUCGACUUUGUCUUGCGCACCGAAGCGUUCCUGGCCUCGGUGCUCGGCGGCCGCGUGAGCGCGCUCGAGGGCUCGUUCACGGCCGGCAACACGGCUGUCGAAGUGGACCUGGCGUCGCUGUAAGGACAUUGUGUUGUCGUUCGUGUAGUCUGUGGCAUACACAUGAUGUGCAUAAGUCUUGCCUUGGGUUGGUAUCGCU